AUAAGCUGGGCUUUCCAUUUCCUGUUUUUAGGGUUUAGGGGAAGAAGGAAAAAGAGUCGGUGAUGGAAGGCGCGGGGGAGGAUGUUCCCGACAAUGCGAAUGAGCACUGCCCGGGCACUGAAUCGGAGGCGGCUGGAAAAUCCGCGGCUUGUGCUGGAUGCCCCAACCAGCAGGCGUGCGCCACCGGCCCCAAGGGCCCCGAUCCAGACCUUGCUGCGAUCAGCCAGCGCAUGAGCAGCGUCAAGCACGUAAUCCUGGUGCUGUCGGGCAAAGGCGGCGUGGGCAAGAGCACGUUCGCGGCGCAGCUAUCCUUCGCCCUGGCGGGGAUGGACAAGCAAGUCGGGCUGCUGGACAUCGACAUAUGCGGGCCGAGCAUUCCAAAGAUGCUGGGACUGGAGGGCCAGGAGAUCCACCAGAGCAACCUGGGCUGGUCGCCGGUGUACGUGGAGGACAACCUGGGCGUCAUGUCCAUCGGCUUCAUGCUCCCGGACCCCGACGAAGCCGUCAUCUGGCGAGGCCCCAGGAAGAACGGCCUCAUCAAGCAGUUCCUCAAGGACGUGUACUGGGCCGACUUGGACUUCCUCGUCGUGGACGCGCCCCCCGGGACGUCGGACGAGCACAUCUCCAUCGCCCAGUACCUCAAGGUGGCCAACGUUGCGGGGGCGAUCGUGGUCACCACCCCACAGGAGGUGUCCAUAAUCGACGUGAGGAAGGAGAUAAGCUUUUGCAAAAAGGUUGGCAUCCCGGUGCUCGGGGUCGUGGAGAACAUGAGCGGCUUGCAGCUCCCGGUCAGGGAUCUCGUGUUUAGGAAGAGCAGCGACGACGGGCAAGAAGACGAGGACGUGACCCGGGAGGUGAUGCUCAAGCUCGAGACGCUCGCCCCGGAGCUGCUGUCAACUCUGGCCUGCGCCCAGGUGUUUUACGUGAGUGGCGGUGGAGCGCAGGAGAUGGCCAGGCAGAUGCGGGUCCCGUUCUUGGGACGGGUUCCUCUGGAUCCACGGCUGAGCCGGGCGGCCGAGCAAGGGAAGUCGUGCUUCGAAGACUCUCCCUCUCCCAGCGGGCUUGCUCUCAAAGGGAUCAUCAAGCGGCUGCUCAAGGCCAUCGGGUGACCGAGCAUCCACAAAUGCAGCAGGAGUAGCGCGUUGUAGAUAGUGAUCGACUACCAAGUCAGACUAUGGCGUUAAAUUCAAUAAGCAUGUUGAUGAAAGUGAGGUGGUCUCGUCCGGCUCCAUGCCCAAGUCGGGGCACCUUUCUAUUGAUCUCGUU